AGAAAAUACAAACUAAAGAAUUUUGAGAAACAACACAAGACUGAGUGAAUAAAAAAAUCUCACUAUGGCAAGAGCUUGCAAAAAAAAACCAAAUUCCCAGAUUCUCAUCAAUCUUUAUUUUAUUAAUUCCCACCCCCCUCUUGGUUGGAAAUUUCAUCUUCUAUAUCUAAUCUCGUUUUCCACUAGAACGACACUAAACACCCCGCUGAAGAAACAUAGAAGAUCAAAAAGUAAGCGAGUGAAAAUCCCCCCCUCUCUCUCUCUCUCUCUCGCCCUGCUGGGUGCUUCAAUUAUUUUACACUACGAAUCAAUGUUCCGAAAUCGGCCAUACAUUUCGCAUCGGGCUUUUGUUGACGCACAAAGGAACGGCGUGACGGAGCGCGAUAGUCCCCUGCUUUCAUAGGGUACUACAACCACCACCGUGAAAGAUGAAGGGGGGUUGAAAACGCCCGGAGGAGGGAAGAGAAGAUGACGAGGGUGGCGUACAUAGAGAGAGAGAGAGAGAGAGAGUUACGCUUCAUGGAGUCGGAAGUGGCACACGGGGUGGCGGGGGCGGUUAAAGCUCUCUAACGCAUGUGCAGGCGCUUCGCGUCGCGGCGCUCCGCUCCCGUUAUGUUGGAGGCUGUGUUAACCGGCGGACAAAAUUCGCGGAUCAGAGUCGUCGAGUAUCUCUUGUGGAAAGUUUACGUGUGAUCGCGGUCGAGUUUAUAUAAUAUUCGUCGAAUUUAUAUUUUUACCCCAUAUCUCAUCUCCCGCCCCCGCACCUCGAGAAAAUAACCUGAAAAUUAUCAUUUACAUUAUAGUUUUUCUUUUCUCCUUCUUAAUUGAAACCCCGUGAAUCGAAAAGUAUAUUUUCUUCAAGUAAAAAAAAAACACGUGACAAUCAUUUCUUCGGGUAAAGAGAAAUUAAAUCGUAAUUGUCAGAAAUGGUCACAUUUACCCGAUCGGUUAUUGACGAUUUUUAAAUUUGAAAAAAGAAAUAACAAAAUUGAUUUUAAGUGAUAUUAAAGAUGAUAAGAAAUAGAAGGUGAUUUUGUCGAGAGAUAGAGAGGAUUGAAGUGUGAAAAAAGAAACAGCUUCUGGGGAAAAUAAAAAAAAAAAAAAAAAAAAAAAAAAACAGAAGUGAGAGAGAGGAAAAGUGGUGAUGGUGAAUGGGCCCGAAUGUUGCAGGAUUGAUAUUGAGUUGGUGGGGACAAAUGAUUGGUCGAUUGGAGUUUUAUGUGGUGGUGACCUUGAGAGGGGAAGUAGAGGAGAAAUUUGUGCGGUGACUAGGGGUCAGAGAGAAGGUAAAGAGACAGAGGAAGAGGAUAUUGUGGGUGGUUGGAGGUUUCAGCCACGACGGGGCCCAGCGCCGGGGCGGCGACAAGGCCCCCGGUGCAGGGAUACGAGGCUCAGAAAAUCGAGAACGGCGUAGCAACGGCCCUGAAAUCGAAGACGAGACCCACCGCCUCCCCUUUAUCCUGGGGGAGAACCAGGAGUCGACCUCGCCGACGGAGGCGACGGAAAAAGAAGCGACGGAGGUGAGUUUCCCGUAUAUUACAAUUUGGAGGGAGUUUUCUGUUCGAUAAUUUCAGGUGCGGCCUAGCGUCGUCAGCGUGCUGGACAGAAAAGCAAAAGACGUCCAGAGCGGCUCGUCACUUUGAACGAGGAUACCGCACCGAGGGAAAAGAAGAACUCUGACUACAAAUAAAAUUCCCCUGGUGUAUUUUGCAAAAAAAAAAAUUGUUUUUGCACGUAACUUAACGGUUCUGUAGUGCUUCAGUUCUCCUUUUAGUGGGUGAACCAAAGUGUGAUAAUUCCAGUCUCAAAUGAUUAAUAAGUGAUCCCGCGUAACAGUGUGAUAGCUAUUUAUUAUAGUGCAGAAAAGGCAAGAAAGAAUAAAAAAAAAAAGUGUAGUGGUGUAAGUGGUCAGUGUUAUUAGCAAGACAGAGUACAAAAGAAGAAAAAAAAACAAGUGAAGCUAAAAAAGAAAAGUGCGAAGGAGAGAAGAGGUGCGGCUAACCGAGUGACAGUAGCAUGAGUUCGUACUUUGCCAAUUCCUAUAUCCCGGACCUGCGAAAUGGCGGGGUGGACAAUCCCCAUCAGCACCAGCAUCAUUAUGGGGCUGCCGUCCAAGUGCCCCAGCAAAGCCAGUCCGUCACCCAACAGCCCCAACAGGGCGCCGAUCCCUGUGACCCAAGUCUGCUUAGACAGGCUGUGCCAGCCCAUCAUUAUGGAGCCGGUGGACAGCAGGGCAUGCCCUAUCCAAGGUUUCCACCCUACGAUCGAAUGGACAUUAGAAACGCGGCCUACUAUCAACAACAGCAGGAGCACGGCAGUCUCGAUGGCAUGUCCGGCUAUAGGUCGACAUCGCCGAGCUCAGGAAUGGGUCACAUGGGCCAUACGCCAACGCCAAAUGGACAUCCCUCGACACCAAUUGUCUACGCGAGUUGCAAACUCCAAGCGGCUGCGGUGGACCACCAGGGCAGCGUACUUGACGGCCCUGAUAGUCCGCCCCUCGUCGAUUCACAGAUACAUCAUCAGAUGCACACCCAACAUCCACAUAUGCAAACGCAACAGUCACAGCAUCAGCAGCCGCAGCACAAUCCCCAUAUGCAACAGCAACAGCACUUGAUGUAUCAGCAGCAACAGCAACAACAGGCAGGUAGUCAAGCACCUUCGGCUGCAAUGCACGCGCAACAACAAUCGCAAACGCAGCAGCAUCAAGGUGUUGUCGCGUCACCGCUUGGACAACAGCAGCAGAGCAAUCCUCAGGGUGCUGCUUCGGCGAAUCUUCCCAGUCCGUUGUAUCCUUGGAUGAGGAGUCAAUUUGAGAGGAAGCGGGGAAGGCAAACUUAUACCCGAUACCAAACACUGGAGCUGGAAAAGGAAUUUCACUUCAAUAGAUAUCUCACCAGGCGGCGACGUAUCGAGAUCGCGCACGCCCUCUGCCUGACGGAAAGACAGAUAAAAAUCUGGUUCCAAAACAGACGAAUGAAGUGGAAGAAAGAGAAUAAAACGAAGGGCGAGCCCGGCUCUGGUGAUGGUGAAACGGACAUUUCACCACAAACAUCGCCCCAGGGUUGAUGAGAACACUAAAGGAACUAGAAAAACUCUUUUCCCAGAGUUUCCAUAGUCCUAGGGUUUCUCUAAACCUUGUUUCCACUACCUCCUCCCCCGAUGACCUCCAAAUGACCUCCCCCCCAAAAAAAACAGCAAUGACGCUUAUCUUGUCGUGUUAAUCAAGUUGCUCGUACCAAAAAGAAGAUGAUGUCGGACCAGAGGAGAAUCUCAUAUACCAGUCAGAAAAGAGAGGUGUCCAAUUGGAAAUCCAGUCAAAAAAAAAAAAAAAAAAUUUACGGGAAUGCGCAAUUAUACUGA